AUGUAUAUUCUGACUCUUCCUCUUCCUUUGACCGUCGAAGAAAUUAUUGUUGCAGACAUAGUUGGUUGCUCACGGGGCUUGGUGUGCUUGUGUGGUCGUGCUCCUGAUUGGGAUGACGUUUGGAGUAGGACUGUUAUGGCUCUACUUUGGAACCCUUCGAUUAGAAAAAUGGUUGUUGUUACUGCGCCUACCGGAUCAAGUGGUUUAGGUUUUGGGGUUUGUCCUGUGACCAAUGACCCUAAGAUUGUGUCAUUUAAAUGCUCUUCUUGGAAAACCGGUUAUCAUUGUGAAGAAGUUUUGGUUUACAGCUUGAGCUACGGGAAAUCGACAAUUCUAUCCACCAAUCUCCCCACUCAACCAAUUCGGGUCUCUUCCACCUGCUCUGCCCUCUUUGCCCUGCUCAACCCUAGAUAG